AUGACUAGGUGGUUUUCCAAAAAGGUCCCUACGGAGGACAGUCGCAGCCCGAGUGCGACUUCGACACGGUCGAUGAAUCCAAUGUGUGACAUUGGUGGGUAUACUAUGAAUUACGCGAACCAGCUGCUCCGGACGGGAAAAUACUCGGAUCUCACCUUAUCCUGCCAGGGGCGUGUCUUCCAUGUACACCGGGUGAUCGUCUGUCCCCAGGUGCAGUUCGUGGAAGGCGCAGUCAGGAGCGGGUUAAAGGAGGCUGUGGAGUCGCAUAUUGAUUUUCCAGCAGACGAUCCGCGUAUGAUAGAUAUGGUAGUGUCAUGGUGCUACAGCCGAGAUUCCAGCUUCGAGAACGAACAGGAUAUGUUCCAAUUGUAUCUGGUGGCCGACAAGUUUGGCAUCUCCGACCUCAAAGAAUAUACGUACCGUCGAAUGCUCAGCUGGACGAUAGAGAGCUGCUUUACGUCUCAAGACUUCCCCUACUCUGUUGAGAAAAUUUGGCGCGAAGCACCACCGUAUGAAAAGGAGCUCCGCCACAAAAUGGUCCAACUUGUUGCAAUGGGGUACAAAUCAUCUCGGGAGGAAGAUUGGAAGAGGAUUCUUAGCGAUAAUCCCGAGCUGGUAAUGGAGGUGCUUGAUGAGGUCGGUGUCAUGCAUUCGAAACUGAGCUCAGAAUUGGAGCAGGCAAAAAAGGAAGAGGACGAGGCAAAAGAGGGAGUGAUGCGACAAGCGAAGUGCAGAAGUUGCCGCAAGAAAUACCGCAAGUACUAG